CCCAGACACUCCACCCCCGCCCGCAGCCGCGGGAAGUGGUUAACCGCAGCUCACGGAAAUGUCGACGUCGACUUUGUAUAUUUCUCCCAAUGCAAUAAUUACUUGAAGCCUCCCCUGGCUUCGACCAGACCCACACUUCCCAUCUGGCUUGAAAAUUCCACAUUCCCUUCAAUCAUGGCUCAUCAACCACCUCCCCUCACAGGCAUCAGGGUGCUCGAGUUCGCUGGUCUGGCUCCGGGCCCCUUUGCCGGCAUGCUCCUCGCCGACUAUGGCGCAACAGUCCUCCGUCUCGAUCGCGCUCCCGCGCAACCUACCUCCGACCAAUUGACACGGCGCAAGACGUCCAUCUGCGUGAACAUGAAAUCGCCGGACGGACUCGCCCUAAUCAAGAAGAUAAUCCCCCAGGUUGACGUCGUCAUCGAUCCCUUCCGACCGGGCGUCCUAGAGAAAGCAGGCCUUUCCCCCGAAGACGUCUUGCUGAAACUGAACCCGCGCUUGAUCGUCGGGCGCAUGACGGGGUUCCGACGAGAUGGGAAGUACAGCAUGAUGGCUGGCCAUGACAUAAACUACAUUGCCGUCUCGGGAGUGCUGAGCAUCUUCGGCCGGAAGGGAGAGAAGCCAUAUCCGCCUGGCAAUGUUGUGGGAGACUUUGCCGGAGGCGGCGCAAUGUGCUUCUUAGGCAUUCUACUUGCCCUGCUUGCACGGGAGAAGAGCGGAUAUGGCCAGGUCGUGGAGGCAAACAUGGUGGACGGCAGCGCGAUCCUCGCGACUAUGCCGCGACUAGGUAUGAAGAACGAAGUGUGGAAGCGCGAGCGAGGAACCAACAUGUUGGAUGGCGGCGCUCCAUACUACGGCACAUACGAGACGAAAGACGGGAAGUACAUGGCCGUCGGAGCAAUCGAACCACAAUUCUACGCCGCUCUCCUCAAAGGCCUUGAGUUGACCCCCGCAGACCUGCCCGGACACCGCGACAACAGAGCCGACUGGCCCCGCCUCACCGAGUUCUUCACCUCCGUGUUCAAGAAGAAGACGCGCUCGGAGUGGGAGGCCAUCUUCGACGGCACGGACGCCUGCUGCACGCCCGUAUUCACACAAGCCGACCUCGAGGCUCAGGGUUUCGACCAGAGACCUGCGGUCACGCUGAAGAGCACGCCUGCCUACGCUAUCCAUGAGGGCGAAGACUCAAGACCGGCUGCCGUUGGACAGGGCAUCGGCGUCGAGGGGAGUGGGUGGUCGGAGAAGGGGCUUGAGCCUGGAGCCGGCGGGGAGGACACUCUAGGACGUUGGCUUGGGUGGAAGAAGGGGCGACACUAUGAUGUCGAGAACCAGGGACUUGUUUUGAAAGAUACCUCUAAAUUAUGAUCGCCUUCGAUAGAUUAAGAAAAAUGCUGUAAAUACAUUGUAGACAUUUAGUCUCACAUGGCUACACAUAGGAGUGCCCUAACAUUAGAGUAACCAGUGUAAAUUGA